AUGGCAGUGCCUACAAAAUCACAUGGAUUUCCAUAUGAUAUUCUUUUCAAUAGACGCAUGGUUUGGAAUAUCGACAUUAUUAAAAGUUUUGAUAUGUUUACAAAUCACGCAAAGUACAAUCGUCCUGAACUGGAAGCAUUGAUACCAAAUGCUACAUACAUAACAAUUUUACGCCAUCCAGUUAAGCAGUUCGAAUCAGCGUUCGGUUUUUUUAAUUGGGGCAAAGAAAUUCGGACUAAAGAUCCAUUAGCCACAUUUUUGGAUAACCCACAAAAAUAUAUAAAACACAUCAGACAUCGUCAGCUUACUAGGAACUGUCAACUCUAUGACCUUGGUUUGAACUUAAACCAGACACUAGAUGAGGUCGUAGUAAAACAAAAGAUACAAUCACUGAACAAAGAGAUGGAUCUGAUAUUACUAACCGAAUACUUUGAUGAAUCAUUACUCCUAUUACGUGAUCUUCUGUGCUGGACUGUUGAUGAUAUAUUGUACAUACCAAAUGGAAUACGAGGUGAAAAUCGACGACAACAAAUAACACCGACUGUGAAAGAAAAAAUAUUGAAGUGGAACAAAUCUGAUUUAGAUCUGUACCAAUAUUUUGAAAAGGUGUUGUUAAAAGAUAUACAAAAGUACGGUUUGUGUUUCGAACACAAUCUUCGUGAAUUUCGUAAACUUCAAAGCGAAGUAUUUGAGAAAUGCAUUAAAAAGGAUGGUCCCAAAAGAGUCCAAGAUAAAGUAGCUCGACCUAUUCUGAAGGACAAUGCAACAACAUUCUGCUUAAAUCUUUGGAGAGGCGAUGUCACAUUUACCCGUCUGAACCGGGUGUUACAUUAA